UUCUUCGCAUAUAAUAAAAAGCAAGUGUUUUUAAUAGUUAAAACAUGUUAUUUGGGAUAACGUUUCUUUUAUAUGGAAAAAAUGCUACCGGAAGUGUUGUCAUCGCAUAAGGCUCAAGAAGAGCACGGCGGCAUAGGUAGAAGAGGGACUUCGGGAGGAAUGGCCGUUCCCAUGUUCCUACUUGCGCCUGAUCUCAGCGUCUCCAGGCUCUGCUUCGGAACCAUGACGCUUGGGGAGCAGAACACGGUGCCGCAGUCCUUCCGUCUUCUCGACGCGGCCUUCGAAGCCGGCAUCAACUUUCUCGACAGCGCCGAGAUGUAUCCGGUGCCGCAGCGCAGAGAGACCCAGGGGAGGAGCGAGGAGUACAUUGGUCGUUGGAUGCGCGCGCGGAAUGUACCACGCGACCGCAUUGUUCUUGCCACCAAGGUGACAGGACCUUCUGGUCAGAUGACUUGGAUACGUGGGGGACCUAAAUCAUUGGAUGCUAAUAACAUUUUAGAGGCUAUCAAUGACAGCUUGUUGAGACUCAGCACAGACUACAUCGACCUUUACCAGAUACAUUGGCCUGACCGUUAUGUUCCAAUGUUUGGAGAAACUGAUUAUGAUCCACGUCAACAGUAUGGGUCUGUAGCUAUAGAGGAGCAGCUUGAUGCUCUUGGAAAAGCUGUUGAUUCUGGCAAGAUCAGGUACAUUGGGCUCAGUAAUGAAACACCAUAUGGUGUGAUGAAGUUUCUUCAUAUUUCUAAUUACAUUCAGUCCAGCCCUAAGAUAAUCACUGUGCAGAACUCCUAUAACUUGCUCUGUCGAAAUUUUGAUUGUGGAUUAGCUGAGUGCUGCCAUCAUGAGAGCAUUAGCUUGUUAGCUUACAGUCCAAUGGCGAUGGGCAUACUUUCAGGGAAGUACUUUUCAGCAGGAGGAGGCCCAUCAGAUGCGAGAAUGAAUCUUUUUCAAGGAAGGUACUCUGAAGGUGAAUCCAGAUACAACCUCUCAAAUGUAACCUUGAAAGCAGCUGUUGAGGAUUACAUAAAUAUUGCCAGAAAAUUUGGUCUCUCUCCUGCAUCUCUUGCAAUAGCAUUUGUGUUGAUUCACCCUCUUGUGGCAAGUGCCGUUUUUGGUGCAACAAAAGUUUGGCAACUUAGGGAGGUGGUCGAAGCUUGUAAUGUCCAUCUUUCAUCAGAAAUGACUGCAGAGAUCAACAAGGUUCAUGCAAGAUAUCCAAAUCCUUGCCCGUGACCAGGUCCCUAUAUUAAUUAUAUUUAUUGUUCUAAUUGAUUUACUGAAAGAGAUCCUUUUUCAUGUGUCUUUAACCAAUGUUAAGAGAGGGAAAGAAAAUUCAAAAUGAUUAAAUGGUCUGGAUUUUGUGUAUGCAGGCAGCUAUAUUGCAAACCUGGAAUUAGUUUUGAUCUU